AUGUCUAAACUAAGGAUAACCGUACUGGAAAGAAAGGGAAGAGCUGUAAUUGCAAAUAAAUUUAUUAAGGAAGGCGAACUUAUACUAACAGAGUCACCACUUAUUUCAGCACAAUUUACAUGGAAUAAAGAAUAUGGAUAUUUAUGCUGCGAUCACUGCUUUUUACCGUUAGAAAGUGCUCAAGAGAAUGUUCGGAGAUUAGCGAUGGAUGUCAGUAUCGUCUUACCAAAACAAGUAAAUGAACUAGCAGACCAGAUUGAUCAAUGUAAUAAUUGUCAAGCUAAAUAUUGUUCCCCAAAAUGUGCCAGUAGUGCUGCUGCUUCUUACCAUAAUUUUGAAUGUAAUCAGUAUAAAUUUGGAGGAAGAUUUUAUGAGAUCCAUGAGCUGUGGAAAAAGAGUCAUUAUCCACCGGAAACAGCAACUAUUGAUCUCGUAAUAAGAAUUUUUGGCAUGAUUAAACAAUCAAAUUCUGCGGAAGUUAUUGAGUUAUUAGAUAACUUUAGUAAGCAUUCAUGCAAUGAAGAUCUUCAACUUUGUCAUAAAAUGCUUGGAGAGAAAUUUAGCAUCCAAUUGUCACAGAUUCAUAAAGAAGUACAAAGAAUCUUCGGAAAUGAUGAUCAGCUUGCAAAAUAUAUCUCAUAUGAUGGAUUUGUAUCACUGCUUGCAAUUCUCGGCACAAACGCUCAAGGGAUUGGGACGUCAAGUUUUGCUCAUUGGGUUCAAAGUAUCUCUGAAAUGGAUAUGAGUGAAGAAAAGCGAACUGAAAUUGAUACAUUUAUUGAUGCAAUUUAUUCACGAUUUAAUGACACAGUUGGUGAAUUUUUGGAUAAUGAAGGAAGUGGCUUGUAUGUCCAACAAUCCAAGUUCAAUCAUUCGUGUCAACCAAACGCUCAAAUCAUAUUCCCGAAUAGUAAUUCAACCUUAAACGUUGUUGCCUUACAAGAUAUUCAUCCAGAAGAAGAAAUUUGUAUAAGCUACAUAGAUGAGUGUAUGCUGUCUAGAAGUCGUCAUUCUCGACAAAAAUAUCUCAAAGAAAAUUAUUUGUUCCGAUGUGAAUGCGAAAAAUGCGGAAGUCAAAUUGAAGAUUUGGACGUAACAAGUGAGGAGGAUGAAACUGAAAUGGAUACAGACGAAGACAACUAA